AUGACAGUGGCAAACUCAAGUCUUCGGGGUCUCGGUUGGUGCAGGGCCGGAUGUAGCUUAGGUAGCUUUAAGAUCACAACUUUCUAUCCUUCCGAUUUCAUACGCCCUUUAAAAGCUUUAGAGCCGAGCAGGUUCAUUCUGAUUGCUUACAUCGCCUCCGGCCACUUCAUCCACACGGCAACGCGGAACCCCUUCUUGCUGAGGCUAAUCUCGCAGAUCAACGUGGUGGUCGGCGCCUUCUUCGUGAUCUCAGGGUACGUGGCCGCCUAUACUACGACGGAGCUGGGGCAGCGGAAGGGCUCCAAGCGCUUGGACAAUGCGGUUGAGUUCGUGAUCACUCGCAUCAUGGGCCACUGGCCCUUGCACAUCGUCGUGCUGCUGCUCUUCUCCCCCGUGUUCUUGUUCGUGGACAUCUCUUAUAGCGGCGUAGCAACGGCAGCCUGGAACGGAUUCAUCUCCGUCUUCAUGCUCCAGGCCUGGUUCCCCACUUCGGCUGAGGUUUGGAACGCCCCCACCUGGUUCCUCUCGGCCCUCUCGUUUUCCCUAUGCGCGCUUCCCUAUGGCCUUCGCAUCCUCGCCGGGCAGAAGAAGGAGGAGUUGAGGAGAACACUUGUCAUCCUCACCCUGCUGAGCUUGGUGCCGAAGGUGGCCUACAGCAACGACCUGCAUGCCUGGGGCAUCAUGGAAGGCAUGCUAAACGCCAAGACCCACCCUAACUACGCGCUCUUCAACAGCAUCCGCUUCAGCCCGCUGGGCGCGCUGCUCGAGGUCCUCCCCUGCCGCCCAGCGCGUAGGGCUUUUGGGUCGUCGGCUGUAAGGCUUUGGGCUUGGGGUUCAGGGCUCAGGGCUGAGAGCCUUCGGGAGUUUUUUUGGGAGCUACGACCUGAAAGAAUCCCGGACCCCUAA